GGAUUUGGUCGUUUUUCUCUCUCGAGCAGUUGUUGACAAGUUGAAGAGAGAUUUAACACGUGCUUUUGGUCUUUCAACAAAAAUAUAUAUAAAUAUUUAAUUUAUUUGUUGAUUAAAUAACAGUUUGUUAAAAAAAUUAGCCAUGGAUAGUUUUGAUAUAUUUGCCACACUAUCAGCUGGUGUGAAAUUUAACAAAAAUAAAUAUAAAAAAGAUGCUGAUAGAUUUCACUUAGGAUCAAAAAAACAAUCAACUGAUGAUGUUAAAAUAAAAAUUGAAAAAACAGAUAAUGAAAAUGUUGUUUCAUCAAAAAAAAGAAAAAUUCAAGAAGUUGAAGAUGAGUCGAAUGAUGAAAAUGAUGAUAAAUCAUUUAAUAAAAAUAAACAAACAACCCUGACUUUACUUGAUGGAAUGACAGUACCAAGUGAUGGAAGUAAAAUUAAAAAGAAAAAGAAAAAAAUUAUGAAUGAAGUUAAAAUACUUCAACAAGAAAAAGAAAAGAUAAAUGAAUUUAGAAAUAAAAAUAGAAUAUCUGUUGUUGGAAGACAAGUUCCAAAGCCAAUUGAUAGUUUUGAUAAAUUGUCAGAAUCUUAUAAUGUUUCAAAUGAUUUAAUUGAAAAUAUAAAAAAUUGUGGAUAUAAAGUACCAACUCCAAUUCAAAUGCAAGCAAUUCCAAUUUUAUUAGAGAAACGACAAACACUGGCAUGUGCACCAACUGGAUCAGGAAAAACAGCAUCAUUUUUAAUUCCAAUAAUUCAUCAUUUAAAAGAACCAAAAAAACUUGGUUUUCGUGCAUUAAUAAUAUCACCAAGUCGUGAACUUGCUAAACAAACAUAUCAUGAAUGUAUACGUUUAUCAGAAGGUCGUGAUUUUCGUGUUCACACAAUAAGUAAACCAAAUCAAGCAAUGACAAAAUAUGGACCAAAUAGUUCACAAAAAUUUGAUAUAUUAAUAACACCACCAAAACGUUUAUUGGAUUUAUUAAAUCAUGAUCCACCAGCAAUAUCAUUAAAAAAUAUUGAAUGGUUAGUUAUUGAUGAAGCUGAUAAACUUUUUGAAGAUGGUAAAAGAAGUUUUCGUGAACAAAUUAAUGAAAUAAUAAAUGCUUGUACAAAUGAAAAACUUUGUACUGUUAUGUUUAGUGCAACAAAUACAGCUGUUGUUGCUAAAUGGUGUAGACAUAACCUUAAAAGUUUAAUAAAUGUUACAAUUGGACAGAGAAAUGCUGCUGCUGAAGAUGUUGAUCAACAAAUAUUAUUUGUUGGUAGUGAAAGAGGUAAAUUGGUUGCAAUGAGAAAUAUUAUUAAUGAAGGAAUGGCACCACCAGUUUUAAUAUUUGUACAAAGCACAGAAAGAGCUGAAGAAUUAUUUAAAGAACUUAUUUAUGAUGGUAUUAAUGUUGAUACUAUUCAUUCUGAAAGAACACCAACUCAAAGAGACAAUGUUGUACGAUGUUUUCGUGAAGGAAAAAUAUGGGUUUUAAUUUGCUCUGAAGUUAUGGCUCGUGGUAUUGAUUUUAAAGGUGUUAAUCUUGUUAUUAAUUAUGAUUUUCCACCAUCAGCUAUUUCGUAUGUUCAUAGAAUUGGUAGAACUGGAAGAGCUGGUCACAAAGGAAAAGCUAUAACGUUUUUUACUGAACAAGAUACUAUUAAUCUUCGAAGUAUUGCUGCAAUUAUGAAGGCAUCUGGCUGUGAAGUACCAGAGUACAUGUUGGCAAUGAAAAAAUGGAAUAAACGUGAUCGUAAAAAGAAAGAACUUGAAACACCAAAACGUGCUUCAAUAUCUACUAUUGUAAAGUUCAAAAAUAAAAGACAAAGAAUAGCUGAUGCAAUGAAACAAAAAAGUGAAACAGAUAAAGUUAAAAGCAAUAAACUAAAAAAUAAAUUAAAUGAUAAAAAUCGUAAAACAAAAACAGCUAAUGAAUCGGUUCAAAAAACAAAAAAAAUUAAAAAAACAGUAGAUAAAAAAAUUAAAUCAUCUACUGAAAAAUCUUAAAUUUUUUUUUAUAAUUAUAAUUUAGCUGAUGAAAAAAAAAAAAAA